AUGGGAGAGCUGCUGUACGGAAACGAUUACGAACCUGCGGGUGGAUGCUAUAUGUGCCACCUGGCGAGGGACUUCUGGUCAAGGUGGGAAUUCCAAGGCGGAGGACGGUAUAUAGAGCGUCAGGAUGGCGCAUGCAGCUACGACCGGAAUCUCCUAUAUGAAGGAAUUGUCGGCUUUUUGAUCUGUGGGGUUGCCGCCUAUACGGAAGAGCUCGUCGAGCAGAUCGAUGUCCAUUUCAUGGACAAAGGAGGCGACCCCCCGCGGUACUAUGACGAUGAGGACGCCGUCUCUUGGCUUAUCCAGCCGCUCUUCGUGGCGGGUGUCUAUGGAUCACAAAUGGUGCGUCAAUCAACGAUCUGGGUUCGAGCUUCAGAGGCAUUUUCAAGGCAUGUGGUGCCGCCGCCGGUGGGCAAAAGCCAGGGGAAGGGCCAGGGCCAGGAGCAGAACCAGGAGCAGGACCAGGGCGAGGGCGAGGGCGAGGGCGAGACAGGGAGCAUUGAGGAAGCCAUCCGGGCCGAGUUCGAGGCGGCGGCGCGGGCCAUCCAGGAGAAAGACGAGGCCGCGGCCGCGGCGUUGAUCAGCGACCGGUCGAGGUUGCCGCAUCGAAGGUCGAGGUGGUCGGGUCGGCGGCGGUAG